AUGGCAAGCAGUGAUGGGGUUACAGGGAUAGAGUCUGCUCGAGAGUCUGUCCGAUUAGAGAACUUACAAGAGGAAGGAAAUAGUGGAGAUAAAUCGCGACCUGCUUCUCAAGCAGAUUUAACCGUUAGUAAAAUGCCAAGUCGGCUUAGCAGCUAUGGUGCCAAUAAAUCGCCACGUUCACAAUCGCGAGCUGAAGAAAACUAUAGUCCUCGAACGUCUUCUUUUAGUUCAGCUAAGCCAUCCAAGCAGUCACCGCAAAACAGCGGCAAGACGAAACAAAGAUCUGGUUCACUGCAAAAUAACCCCCCUAGUAGAAAGGGCGAAGUAGAAGUUGUUCGACCCAAGACUCGAAGUGGUAGUGCAAAGUCAGUUUCAUUAGGAAGUGCUAAAAGUGAUGACGGCAGAAUAAGGCCCGGUACAGUGACAAAAGGUCGUGUGGCAAAGGUCGACGAUGAGGAAGCUGUUGAUGAUACUCAAGCACCAGAUGACACGGAGGUCCAACUACCGGUUGAUGAUAAAGCAUCGGAAGUUAUCUCUAAGAUCCUUGGGUCGGAAAAAAAAAUUAUACAACCGGAAAAUACCGAUCCUACAGAACCUUCGGAAAAGCCAACUAGACAAGUUUCGGCAAAAGUGCGAUCAAACAAUGUUGAAUAUACGGCAGCAUUUUCUUCCCGUCCGAAGAUACCAAGAACCCCCGAUCUAUCGCAACCAGAUCGCAUUCCAACUCCAACGCACAGUACUGGUGUACCGACUCAAUCGCGUCCAACCUCAGCAUUCUCUGACAAACAUGCCAAAACGACUACAAGCGAUGGUCAAUUUAAAAAACCUUCUUCAAAAUCUUCAAGUCGACCAAGCUCGAAAAAGUAA